AAUAUCUUGUAUCAUAAUUUCCCCCUCUAGCGAGACCUCGCCUCUGGAACGCCAAGCCAAGCUCCUGAGGAAUCCAAAGAGAACAUAUGCAGCAACGAGUACACGCCCAAAGGAAUGUACACUGAAUACACUCACGUAAAGCUCAGUUUCAAGCCCUAAAUAGACCCUUGCUUCACAUUGUAGCUGUAGGUUAUUCGGGAGCUCCUCAGUCGACCAAGCGCAUCAGACGAGAUUGAUACACUCUACCAGAAGGUUGGCGUAUGCAAAGAACCCACCGCAAGGUGAUAGACAAGGCCUACGUGUCAAGGGGUACGCAUGCACAGAGUAAGGAUUCUGUUGGAGCGUAGAUAGUAAGAUGGUUUCAUUCGAGGAUCGCAAAAGUUGUAGGCUCAUGUCGAGCAACGACGGAGCCACAAUGCAGUAUGAAGGCAGCGGAGACCUCUUCAAGAUUAUGAAUUCCGAAGCCGUUGAAAGACACCAAAAGGAUAGUACAAAAUUGUGGAAAUCAAACGAGUCGAUCUCGUCAUGUCUCACCCAUGUCUCAGAGGUUGAGGUGCAAACCGAACAUGCAACCAUCGUACCAAGUGCAGAAACAAAGACAUCCAACCUCAUCAUCUUUGACUACGAUGACACCAUCCUUCCAACGUAUUCACUGACUGUCAUGCAAAGACAAAAACUCGGCGUCAAACUCUCGGACGAGGUGCUCCAAGAGUUGAACAAACUCAGCGAUGCCGUACUAGAAAAUCUACAAACUGCUUUAAAUGUAGGAACUAUUGUAAUUGUAACAAACGCCAGCUCAGAGUGGCUGUCGCAAAGUUGUGAAAAGUAUCUGCCCAGAGUUGGCGCAUUCCUCAUUGAGAACAAGAUACGCAUCAUUUCCGCAAGAGAUAGAUUCGGAAAUAGCCUAUUGGCGCAAAAACACUGGAAGUACUUUAUAUUCAUCGAUCUUAUCGAGGAACAGUUCAUAAGGCAACUCAAAUCAGGUGAACCCUUCUCUGUCAUAUCCAUUGGUGAUGGCUCUGAAGAAAGAGAAGCGUGCAUGAAACUCAUUGGAAUAUUUAAAAACCAAGCGUGGACAUUCAAAAACCUCAAGUUCUUGAACCAGCCAAGCUAUGGAUGUCUCACGCUACAGCACGUACUGCUGCAAAAAUCGUUUCAAAACUUCCUAGACAUGGACAGUUCUGCAGAUUUGUGCAUUCAGUUUGAUAAAGUUGGUUGA